CUAGGUACAUUGCUCACACUGAAAGGAGCUGUGCUAACAUUCUCCUGUAUGGACCGAACUGGUGGAUUAAUGCAACCGCCCUAUGAAGUUUGGAGGGAUCCAAACAGCAUAGAUGAAAACGAAAAAUCUUGGAAAAGGAAAGUGGUCACGAACUCACCUUCUGCAUCCCAAGAAAUAGGAGAUCAUCAGUAUACAAUAAUCUGCUCAGAAAAACAAGCCAAAGUCUUCUCACUGCCUUCUCAGACUUGCCUUUAUGUCCAUAACAUCACUGAGACAUCUUUUAUACUGCAAGCAAAUGUGGUGGUCAUGUGUAACAGUGCCUGCUUGGCAUGCUUUUGUGCUAAUGGACAUAUCAUGAUAAUGAGCCUACCUAGUCUUCGCCCAAUGUUGGAUGUUAAUUAUUUGCCACUGACAGACAUGAGGAUAGCACGAACAUUUUGUUUUACCAAUGAAGGACAAGCAUUGUACCUCGUCUCUCCUACUGAAAUUCAACGGCUAACAUACAGCCAAGAAAUGUGUGAUAAUCUACAGGAUAUGCUAGGAGAUUUGUUUACUCCCAUAGAGACACCCGAAGCUCAAAACAGAGGCUUUCUCAAGGGGCUGUUUGGUGGAAGUGGACAAACAUUUGACAGAGAAGAGCUCUUUGGGGAAGCUUCAGCAGGAAAAGCAUCCCGCAGCCUCGCACAACACAUUCCUGGCCCAGGUGGCAUAGAAGGUGUGAAAGGUGCUGCUGGAGGAGUGAUGGGAGAGCUGACCCGAGCACGGAUUGCACUUGACGAGAGAGGACAAAGGCUGGGAGAGCUGGAGGAGAAAACUGCAGGCAUGAUGACCAGCGCAGAAGCAUUCUCCAAACACGCACAUGAGUUAAUGCUGAAAUAUAAGGAUAAGAAAUGGUACCAAUUCUAAACUUCUAAAGAAGCUGUGACUGCUUUGAGAAGCCAUUAUUCAGGGAAACCAAAUUUAUUCCCAGCAUCACUAUUCAACUGCUAAAAGCCAGUUUCUUCUACAAAAUGUUCCAUUACAGUAAAUCUGAAGUUAUCAUCAAGGAGACGUAUCAGAGACACUGUAUAACCCAAAGGCUGGAGCCCUGGUUAGAAUCCCAAGACAUGGCUGAAUUUGCCUUUUCCCAUGUGGAAUGGGGCUGUCAUCUUGGCAUGUCAUUUGCUAAGGAUUUACAUUUAGGAACCAUGGGGAGUCCUUUUGAUCUGAAAAUUCCUGUAUAAACAAAAGCAUUAAUGCACUUAAUGAAAAAAAUUCUUUGCAUGAUAAAUUAACAUCUUAAGAGGAAAAGAAAAAGAGCAUGUUGUAACAGAAGAAAAAAAAAGAUUUAUGGUAAACUGUUUUUAUCAAUUGGGCCACACUGACAAUUUAAAAAAUCUGCAUUAGAAGAUUUCAGUGCACUUCAAAUAUAUUUGCCAUACCCUACUGAAUAGGAAAACAACACAACAAAACAAAAACCCAGAGUUUUCUUCUCAUGUGUAACUUUCAUUAGACUAGAACAUUAUUGAAUUCUUAUGGCAAGAGUCUGAUUAGUGUUCCCUCUCCACAGGUCUCUCUCCACAGUUCUCAGUCAUAAUCAAGUAUUGCCAAUAUAGUAAAUUAUUCCCAACACAAUUAUUUCCAUUUCUAACACCUUCAGAAUGAGUUGCUGUUUUUAGCACAAACCAUGCAGGGUUGGGUCACCCCAAAGCAUUUUCUCAGCCUGGCUUAUACUCUGCACGGGAGUUGAUGAUAGGUUUAGGGAAACUAGACUAGGAGCAACGCAGUUAGCUAUGAGAACUGAUUUCACAAGAAAGUGAAAUUUCAGACACCCCAAUUUCAGUUUCUAAAGUGAUAUAUUUUUAGAACUCCAUUUGUAUCCUUGUCUGUCAGUUACACAGUAUAUUACUGUUCAAACCCAGUGGGGUCUACAACUCAAGGUGCUCUCGCAGCCUGACAUUCACAGACCAAACCGGUCAUUCUCUUUAGUGUGAUUCAGUAAAACCUCAGUUAAUGUUUUGAGAAAGGGAUUCUGGUUGAUUCACUUCAAAUUAAUAAGGGCUUUCAUUAGAAAAUACUUUUUGGUUCACUAAUUAUUGUUGGAAAUUUUUAUAAAAUGUAGUGAUAUUUUUGCUGUCAUGGCCUCAGUUAUCAUGGACAACAAAAAUAUAAGGAGAGUGUAAUGAUACAAAAUCAAUAAUUGUGUCACUAACUAGGUUAAAUAAUAUAAGCCACAGAAUUAUGUCAACAGAUGCCAACACCUUUUCCUUAUUUAAAACUUUUUUUAAAAUGUAAUAAAGAAUACCCUAACAGGAUGAAAGGUAUCUAUCAUAACUCUACAAAGAAGCACUAGAGGCAAAACAAAAUAAAGACACCAACUACCAUUUAACAUGAUUCUGAAAGCCAAAAGUCAUAAGAAUGUAUGUGGGCAUAUUCCAGGACCCCUUCUGUAAUAUGAUUCUUCCAAAAAAAUCUGUUUUUAAAAUUAUGGGUUUGACUUAUUGAAUUUUGAUUCAUCAAAGUCUUUAUUGGUUUACAUUUGUAUUUCUUAAGAAUUUAUCAUUUUCCUAGAGUCCAGAUUAUUUAAAUAGUCAAAAAUAGAAUAUCUGUUUUUAAAAAUGUUUUGUUUGAAGUAGCACUUUCUUUACAAUGUCUCAGAAUUCUGAGAAGUGCAAAAAUAAUUGAAACAAUCGGAAAAUAUAUACUGGGAUAGCAUUUUUCAGAGUCUUUGAAUCCUCCUGCUUAUUUUUUAAAAUCCUCUCCCUGAACCUCCCAGACUCCUGUGAAUGACUUUAGGAUAAUAGAUCCUGCCCUGGAAUUACAGACAUGGCAUGACUAUAUAACUUAUCUAGUUACAAAGUUAUAUAGUCAAAAUAUUGUAGAAGCUUGAGACCAGGAUGUGGAAAAUAUUGGCGAUCAAAUUGUAAUGCACUAUUUGUACCAUCAGUACAAGGACCCAGUUUUCUGAUUUUCUAAACAAAUAUUUUAUCAUUUAUGUUUUUAAAAAACCUAAAAGAGUGAAAUAUUCGUUUAUUUAGAAAUAAAAUUCAGUCCAAAUUAGCACUAAAUUUGAUGACUACUACAAGGCCCCCCCAGUAACAUUUGACUUAAGUUGUCCCACACCAGAGUUUCUCAAUAAUGGCACAAUCCACAGAAAAGUCUGUUGUGGGGGACUGUCUUGUGUAGAAUGUUAAUGACAUCUUUGACUUCUGUCUAUCAGAUACCAGAAGGAACUCCCUGGUAAUGACGAUCAAAAAUGUCUCCAGCCAUUGCCAAGAUUUCUCCUAGUUUAGAGCACUAUCCUACAUCAUUUAAAGAGAUAGAUUAUGUGAAUAUGUAAUAUAUGUCUUGUAUAAAACUGCACAUUAUAAGUGCACAGUGUCUUAGCAAGAUAAAUUAUUAUACACAAAGUUACAUGUGUGUUCAUAUGCAAUAAAAUACAAUUUUGGAGAAAGCUUAUAUGAAUCAGUGAAAAAUAACAGCUAUAGAAUAUAAAGCACACAGAAAAAAAUAUCAGAAAGGACAUUGCAGCAUUUCACAGUAGACAUGCUUAAAACUCUGACUUUAAUGAAUAGAUAAAAAUCAACUGGAAGUAAAUAGGUGCUUCUGAAAUGCUUGAAAAGAAUAGGUUUUUUUGAGUAGUUUAGAUGUGACUUUCAGAAUUGUUUUUAUAAGCCCUUUCUUAAUGUAAGGGUACCUUCAUCUCACAAACUCCUUCUGAUUAGUGGAAUUCAAAUUAAUGAGGUUUUACUGUAUCAAAAUUAUUUUUGUAAUUCAAAGAGACAGCAAUAACAAGAAUCUAAUGUGGAUGUGAUUUUUCUCUUUGAAUAUUUCUGUUCUGUUGCACUGACCUUAGCAUGCAAACACACACACACACACCCACACACCAUCACUAUCACCACCACCACCACCAUCACCAUCACCUAAUCAUAGUCAUCACCAUCUUUGGAAAAUUAGUACUGUUAAUCCAUGUAAUCUUUGCAUCUUCUUAUCUUUACUAUCUUUCUUCUAUCUUAAAACAUAAGGAAAAUAUUCUUAGUAAUUUGGACAAUGAUAGAAAAAAUGACUCUGAGAGCCUUAGGUAUCAUCAAAAUUGCAUUCUCUCUGUUAUGGUGGUAUCAGAAGAUAAAGCUUGCAAACUGCAGUCUCAGCGAGUUGACCUGUCUCUCAUGACUCCCUCAAGAGAUAAGCCCUUCUUAGUGUCCCAGCGGAACAUAGGCUUUGCAGAUCUUUCCAUCAGUGAGAAGCUAGAAGUUUUGUUUUCCAGUAAUAAUGUGAGCAAUAAUCCCCAUCAUGUAAUCAUUCACUAAUCAUGGAGUUUUGAUGUUGGGAUAAUUGAUCUAUUAUUCAUUUUAAUCCCCUGCAAAAGCAGCAGUACUGACUUUGUUUCUCAUGCUUCAUUGAACCCCAGACUUAGUGCACCAGUCAUCAUCAGGGUCACUGUCUGACUGCAACUUUGGAACAACAGUGACAGAACUGAAUGAGAUGGUUUCUAGUAAUUCAGUCAUAACAACAAUUUUUUACGUCUUUGAACUUGAUUCUCAAGCUAAUAAAUGAAAACCUUGGUCCCAUCUAACAUUUUUAGAGGAUCUCAAAGGAAAAAGUUUAUUGUUGGAGUCCCUUUUGGUAUGACCUAUGUAUCCAGUUUUUAAAAUACCAUCCUGCAUUAAAGAAUCAUUGUGACUGGAGAAAGAAGAAUCAAAGUAGGCCUAAGGUUGGUUGCAAGAGAUUAAGCUAGAUUCUUUAAGAUAUUGGACACAAAUAAUCAGACAGAAGGGAAUAACGAAACUAGUCUAGAAAAAUCCUCUCCUUGACUUAGGAUAGCUGAAACAACCUGGGAGUUUUUCUGUAUGAUUACAAGCCAUCCCUGUGGGAAAAAAGAACCCUGUGACCUGCCACAGUAACUCAGAGAGGGCAAUAGCAAAAGGAAUCAAAGCAUUCAUAUCGGCUCUUGGUCUUUGCAUCAGGAGAAACGUGGUAGCCUUCAGAGCAUUUUCACCUCUGUCCUCUGUAGCCCAAAUCCAUUUUUGGUUGGGUCCGUUUCUCAUGCACACUGCCCCAGGUGCCAGAAGUACUUGUUUUGUACUUGGGCCGAGCAGUAUCUUUAAGAAGCACCAUUCCAGGGAACAUGGUUGACAGCAUCCCAGGUUUAGUGUGUGUGUUUGUAGAAAACAUAGCCCAGAAAGGACAGAAGGUCUGGCUUAGGAAAGGAGAGGAAGUACUAAUUUGGUGCAAGAGGGUUGUGGUGAGGAGGAACCUGGGAGCCAGAGUAAAGCGGAAGAAGCUUUGAUGAGGAAUUAGAUGUGCAUAUAAAUGCCUUUAUAUAUUUGUCAAGAGGAGUGAUUCUCAGCCUUGCCUGUACAUAAGAAUCACCUCAGGAAAUUGUAAAAUUCCCAAUUAUAUCAAAAUCUCUCAGAGUGGGAACCAGACAUCAGUAUUUUUUGAAGUUUGCAAGGUGGUUCUAAUGUCCCGCCAGAGCUGAUCAUCACUGCUUUAUGGCCAACUAAGGAAAACAUGUUUAUCUACCUUGGCUGGUGUCCCAGCCCCACUUCUGAGUGGGUCAUGGAAGGCAAAAUGUGAGAGAUAAUGAUGGCUAGGUUGCUAUUUAUUCUGUAUUUUUCACACAAAGCAAAAAUAUGUAUGGAUUUCUGAUCAGGCAGUGCCACAUUAACUCCCAACUGCUGUCUUUGUGGUAUUUUCCUGUGUGACUUGCCCACUCAUUCCAAUUCAAACAUCCAGGUUUUUUUAUUGUCUUAUACAUAGGACAUCACAAGAUACCAGAAACAGAACAGAAAAUCCAGCAGUAUAUAAAGUUAAGUGGAAAACUAAUCUCAGUAUUUGGACAGUAGAAAUUCCCAAAAUAAUCAUUUACUUACAUCAGGUCCAAAUUUAUUGUUCGUUCUUCUUCAGACAUGGGUACCAGGUACCUGUUCUGCUGUAGGUAUGUUUUAUUGGACUUGGUCUUAGCAAAAAAGGGGAGAACAACUCUUCCUCUUUGAUUGUUGUCUCAAUCAAAAGCUCCCAGGGUCACUUGAAUUUAUUUUUCAGUUGUUGGAUGUGUUGCAAGGGAAGAGAAUGCCUGUAACUUCUAUCUGAACUCUAGUGCCCUGAAAGAGUGCUUAUACCUUCCAAAAGGGAGAAUCCAGCCUCUCAAAGACAGUAACACAUAACGAGAAAAAGUUCAGAGUUCUUGCCUCUCACACUGCUUUCCCUCUGGUAUUGGCCCACCCUUCUCAACUGCAAAGCCAGAACAUAAACUAGGUGGUGGUUGUGGACAAUUGUACACAGGAUCAAAAUCUCUAAUAACCUAUAAUUUUUAGUACUUAAUUAUGUGAUGUUUUAUUCUAGGAAAUAAGAGACAGAUGACAUCAUUGAUGUAUCUUUCUUUCAUCUUCAGAAUUUUUGCAUCUUUUCAGAAAAUGACAAAUUACUAUUUUUCUGUUGCACUCAGCAAUUGUGACUAUACUUAACAAAAUUCUUGUAGUCUGUAGAGAUAUCAAUAAAAUUGUAUAUGUUUGUACAUA